AUGCUACAGCCAGCAGAAUCGGAUAUGGAUGUGAAUAGAAGUCCAGCAUCAGUUUCUAUCUUGGGAACAUGGCAUGUUCUUGGUCCGUUUAAAACUGGCACAAGAGAAGCAACAUGGGGCGCAGAUCCGCUCGAGGUACUCGGCGGAUUCCGCAAUAUUUCGUAUGACUCCGACCCGGCUGCUAGAUUCAGCAGUGCCUUGGGUGCCAACGGAACCGUUGGCUGGUCUGUCCUGGGGGUGAUCGAGUCAGAACAGGGCAAUCAUGCAUCUGCCAAGGCAAAGGUUGACCUCGACAUCGGUUUUCCGGAUGUAGACUGGGAGUUUCUCCGGUCUGUUUAUGGCUGGGCGGGAAUGCAGUAUCAGGCCUGGGCGCGGGGGUGUUUGACUGUGGCGUCUGGAGCUGGAGCUGAUGACCGCAGCGGUGGUAAUACAGCUACCGUCUCCAUGUUUACAGACGGACUGCUAGAGGUAUGGGUUGACGGACAGCUGUAUUUCGGCGGCGAUUUUUAUACAUAUCGGCGGGCGCCCGUGCUUUUGAAACUGGUGCCUGGGCCACAUGUUGUUGACAUCAGGUUGGUGAGGGAUGUGAGGGCGUUGGGUGGGGUGGGCGAACCACGGAUACGAGCUGUAGUGGAAGUUCAGUUGAUGCAGUCUUCCCUGUCCAGUGACAGCACUGACGCCGGUGAGGUGGUGCCAGGCCUAGUUGUGGACGAGGAUAGUGUUCUUGUUGCAGAAGUCGUGGAGGGGAAACUUACUAGUUCCCUUGCUUCUGUUAUCGUACGGAAUGUUCGUGAUGAAUGGGCCGAUAUAACGGAUAUCGAUUCUGUUUCUGAUACGCAAUCCGCCAGGCCUAUUCUCUCAUUGGUCAAUAGUCCAAUUACCCUCGCUCCACGCCAGUCGCGCCCAGUAGCUUUUAAGAUCGAUUUCGACGGCCCAAUCCCCUCAAACUUCUCCCUCCAACUCACCUAUAAGGUCCAGUCUGCGAAUCAACCGUGGAAAACAAACCCUGUGACUGCGCCCGUCACAACGCGGAGGAUGACAGAUGCCCAAAAGUAUACUUUCCUCCACCCCGGCGGCAUAGUAUCCUACGCCAUCUUACGGCCCCCGUUGAAUUCGUCCUGUAAUUCCACCGGCGGCGGCGACGGUGAUCAUACACUCCCCAUUCUAGUUGACCUGCACGGCGCGGGCCUCGAAGCUGCUAGUGAGCAGGCUGCGGUUGAUGCUAUUCCAGCUUGGAUGCAGGCGGUGGGUUGGGACGGGUUGGGGGUGUCCUUGGACGAUUGGCUUGUGUCUGGCCAUUCGAAUGGAGGCCAAGGGACCUGGUUCUUCCUCACGCAUCAGCCUGAUAAACUUAUCGCUGCUGCUCCGGUUUCGGGAUAUUCGUCCAUCGAAAAUUACGUGCCAUUUACCAUGUGGCAUGAUGCACAAGCUGCUAUCGCAAGCGUCAUCCAGACAGCUCGGCAGAGUUUCAAGCAUGAAUUGCUUGUGGAAAACUUCGCUGGAAUCCCCAUUCUCCAACAGCAUGGUUCUGCAGACAAAAACGUCCCUGCAUACCAUUCACGCCUAUUGCACCAGCUAAUCUUGGAAAAUGGCCGCCACUCCGAAUACUAUGAACUUCCAGAAAAGGGUCAUUGGUUUGAUGGCGUCUUAACCACGCCCCCACUACUAGAUUUCUACUCUCUCCAUACUAGCAAUACUUCCGCCUACAGCAACCUUCUGCCCGAGAAAUUCUCCUUUUCCACCCCUAACUCAGGAGAUAUGGGGUCCCGAGGCGGCAUCAUGGUGGACCAACUGUCCUCGCCAGAUAAAUACGGACACAUGCAAGUGAUGCGCGAAGGGGGGGCAAGGCAGUGGCGCCUGAAGACUCGUUAUGUGCAUCGUUUCCAUCUUGUCCCAUCAAGAAUGCGUGGGACAGCAUACCCCACGGAUAUCGUGGUGGUGGAUGAAAAUGAUGGUUCUGAAACGCCAUUUAGAGCCCCGCCCGCUGACACCGCUUACUCCUCAUGGUUCGUCAAAGAUGAGGCCACGGGCAAGUGGACUGUUUCUACCGAUAAUUCAUGGCAGGACGAUAUCUGGCAGCGGUACGGUCGGCAGAAUGGCGCCAUGGAUGCGAUCCUUCAUUCGAUGGGUAGAUUUACUAUAAGGAUCUGCUCGCCCGCCAGCAGUGGAGAGGAGCAACUAAUGAACGUAGCGCUGCAGAUCAGCCGUAACUUGCUACAGUAUUUCGCGGCAGAUUCGCAGAUUCUACCACCACAAACUACAUGCAACAGCGAUGACAAUGAUAAUCGCAUGAUCGAAGAAGAGGAGGAACUGCGCGGUUCGGGAAACCUCAUCACCAUUGCAAUCGGGAAUGACUUGCCACCGCCACCCUUAUCCGCCCUCGACUUGUUCCCUAUCCACAUCGCCCAUGACCACCUGACAAUCCACACUGCAGCCUCUAACAGCCACUCAUCUCGCACAACCACAAAAUCUUACCCCUUUGUACCAGACCUAGGGGCCAUAUUUCUGCGUCCACGCUCGCGCCAACGUCUCGAGCUGGUCGUAUGGGGCGCAGACGUAGGCGGGCUACAGCAAGCGAGCCGCCUCGUACCACUUCUGACGGGCGUUGGGCAGCCUGAUUUUGUGGUUCUGAGUGAGCGAUGUCGAUGGCAGGGUUUUGCUGGCGUGCGUGCUGCUGGAUUUUUUGACUUCCGGUGGCAGGUUUCCUCGGGGUCGUAUGUGUACUGA